AUGCCAAGCCCUGAAUACCCUCCACACCACCAUGCCAAGCUUUGCCAAGCCCUCAGUACCCUCCACAACACCAUGCCAAGCCCCCAGUACCCUCCACACCCCCAUGCCAAGCCCUCAGUAACCUCCACACCACCAUGCCAAGCCCUCAGUACCUUCCACACCACCAUGCCAAGCAAUCAGUACCCUCCACACCACCAUGCCAAGCCCUCAGUAACCUCCACACCACCAUGCCAAGCCCUCAGUACCUUCCACACCACCAUGCCAAGCAAUCAGUACCCUCCACAACACCAUGCCAAGCCCUCAGUACUCUCCACACCACCAUGCCAAGCCCUCAGUACCCUCCACACCACCAUGCCAAGCUUUGCCAAGCCCUCAGUACCCUCCACAACACCAUGCCAAGCCCCCAGUACCCUCCACACCCCCAUGCCAAGCCCUCAAGAUGGAAAAUCAGAGACUGCCCCACAGAAUGAAGAGAUGCCCCACAGAGAUGCCCCACAGAGAUGCCCUUUCUCACAGAGAUGCCCAACAGAGAUGCCCCACAGAGAUGCCCAACAGAGAUGCCCAACAGAGAUGCCCAACAGAGAUGCCCCACAGAGAUGCCCCACAGAGAUGCCCCACAGAGAUGCCCCACAGAGAUGCCCAAUGGAGACCUUCAACACAUAA